AUGAAAACCAAAAAGGAUAAAUAUAGAAAGCCGAAUAAAGGGGAUUUCAAAACCGCUAGUGAAGGAGGCAGAAGAGAAACCCGAAGUGUAACUUUAUUUCAUAUAAAUGCUAGAUCUUUGAAAUACAAGAUUAAUGAGCUGGAAGCAUUUCUGGCUGACAAAAAUAUCGAUAUAGUGUGUGUUACUGAAUAUAGGUUUAAAGAAGACGAAGUACUUCAAAUGCAACUCUCUGGAAAGAAAUUUGUGUGUCAUCACAGUGCAUUCAUGAAGGUUCCUGCAAAGGCAAAUAGGAAAGGUCUUUCAAAAAAUGCCAACUGCCAUGCAUCCAUACUUAUUGUUGUAAAAUUAGAUACUGUAAAUACACGAAAAAAGGAUCCAUUUAUAAAGGGUUUGAAUAGGUUACAAGCAGUAAUAACCAUAGAUACACUUCAUAGUCAUACACUUGAAACUGCAGAAACCCUUCGUUUUUUACAAGCACCAUCAGAAACACAAGACUUAUUUUUUGAAUAUUUCAAUGACAGGAUGACAAUUUCAGAAGGAAAGAAAUAUCAUGAGAACUUAUAUGAAUUUGAACCAGAUAAGGAAAUGAUCCUUGCUAAUGGCAGUAAAAACCCUACCUAUUCGACAGUUCAGAACUGGUACCAUGCAUGGAGAACUACAAAUUUAGGACCCAGAACAGGGAAAGGAUUAUUAGAUGGUAUUGAGGGAAAGUUUUGCAAGCACCAAUGUGCCAUAUACAAAUUUUUCGAGGUUAAAACACAAUACUUUCCACCAAUAACUACAGAAGACAGGUACAACAUUGCCAAACUAGCUCUUGGAGAACAAGCUCCACCUGUUAGUUUUUAUGAACCAUUUAUUUUAGAAAAUCAUUGCAAAACGAAUAGUAGCUCACAUUCAAAUGUCCAAUCAAGCUCUAACAGUUACAAUAAUAACAAUAAUAGUCCAUGUAGUUUCUUUGAGGAUAAUCAUCUAGUGGACCCAGUACGAACAACUUCUAUUUCUCAAGAUGAAAAUGGUACUACCAGCAUUGAAGAUAUUUGCAACAUUAUUAAAACAUUCCACAAGUCUUUUGGUUCUUCCUCUAAUGGUUUGAGAAUAUUAAAUGACAGAUUAAAAGCUAUCAAAUCUGAGGGGCAAUGGGAAUCUUUUUUACACACCGCUGGUAAUUCUGUACCACUUAGAAGAAGAAACGCAACAAUUAAAGUUCAACCUACAUCAAUAUCUCGAAGAGCAGCAGGAGUUACCAGAGAAAGUAAAAGACUGCCCUCUGGAAGAAAGUUUAAAGAUGAAAAAGUGAUCAAAAAACGCAAACGAAAUUUAGCACAAAAUAUUAAAUUAAAUAAACCUAAUGCUUUAUCGCAUGGUUACAAUCAUUAG